CCUCUCUCAUUGGCGGAGGAGAUGGUAGUUGGCGCGGUAUCAGGGUGUUACAGUGAGACACGUGGUCGCCAUUCAUACCGGGGCAUUCAUCUUUUACCCUACAUCAAAUAUCAUGUCUACUGACCAAACGCGGCUUCAACUUCAAAAGUAGCCUGAAAGUUGAUAUUUCGUUACUUGGGAGCGACAACUUGGAGAGGUUGUAGUGUACAAAGCGAGCUGACACAAUACGGGAGCGAACCGACUUCUGUUGUUGAGUUGUAACACGAGCGUCACCCGAUCAACGAAGGGAUUUUCUCAAAUCGUAGCCACCCUGGUGCGCCUACAAAUAGGGAGGGAUAUUCCUUCGGACCUCAUAACGCAACUUGUAAGGACGGAGUAGCAUGCCAGGAGAAAAGACUGCCAAAUCGACCAUCAUGAAGUGGACCGCAGUGAUCCCGAUCCUCGGCUUGUUCGCCCUGGCCUGCACAGUCACGCAAGCAGCUCCUGCACCUACACAUACAACGCAUCCGGACAGCCGCGCUGAUCUCAGCAACUAUGACGACGCAGUGGAGGAAACGCUUCUAUCAGCUGUGAAAGCGGCAAUUAUGAAAACGGGGAACAACUUUAGUGGAGAAGAAUACGAGGCGAUGAUAAACCGAGUGUUGGUGUCGGCAACAAGGGCAUUACUUCUCAAGGCAGAAAGCUUAGACAGGGGUGCUGACUCGGCAGAAAGGCGACAUUUACCGAAGGAAAAGUCGCUGGGAGACGAGAUUGAAGACAUCAUCAACAGAGAUGCUAAAAUGGCAGCGCGCUCCAUGCCGCCACCAUUUAGUCGAUGGACAGGCAAGAAAUAAGACAUUAGGACGGAAGGAGUGAGGAAGAUGAAGAUGUGUUCUCGAGGGAGAGGGGGGAUAAGGGAGGAGUCGUUGAGUUUAUCUUAAGAACAUCCACGAAACAGACGGGGCUGUCGUCUGGCUGAGAUGACCAAGUACGGAAACAGACGCAUACUCCGGCUCUGCCUCUUAGAAUGACUUCAUCAUUGUUGUACCACAUUCCACUCCCGGUUCUGGAUGCCCAUGGUCCUCUUUCUGGACUGAACCGUGACAAUGGGCCAUUCAAAACUUGGACCAUCAGGCGGCACGACGCCUACAGUGAACGAAAUCGGCAUUCGUGGCAGGACAUCAUCAUUGAUACAUAAAAACGGUCGGAGCCCUAGUUGUUCUUCCUCUGACACAAUUUCAAAUGAAAUACGUGAUGAAGUGUAUAUUGAUAAUAAAGGUUGUUCAAACCUCUCA